UUCGUCCACUACACAAUGGAUGGAGCUGGGUAGUGCCGAUGUCUACUUCUGGCUCUGGAGCUAUUUUGGAAAAGCUGAUCGGUGGGGGUUGCAGUUUGCCGAAUCCUGCUGAUCUGGAUUGGACAUCAAUAUAUAAAUCCUGGACAACUGCUUUAAUAGAACUGUGUUCCAGUGACUUGGCUACCUAUAUCAUAGCAUUUAUUUAUGCUCCCUGCAGAAAAAUGGAUUCAGGAAACCUAAAGAACAUCUUUCGAGGACAAGCACAAAUUCUGCCUGUAGAGUCAUCCAAGAGUGUUCGACUUUUCAUAAGCUCCACUUUUUCAGAUAUGGCAGAAGAACGUGAUGCACUAUUGGAGAUGGCCUAUCCUGAGAUACAAGCUUUUUGCCAGAAACAUGGAUUAACAUUUGAGGUGGUAGACAUGCGUUGGGGAGUCCGAGAUUAUGCCUCAGUGGAUCACAUGACCACAGAUCUUUGUCUGAAGGAGAUUAAAACCUGUCAGAAGACUUCUAUAGGACCAUACUUCAUUGCAUUAAUAGGCAGUCGCUAUGGAUUUAGACCAUUACCUCGAGUCAUAGAUGAAGACGAAUUUGACAUACUAUACAAGAAAGUUCUCAAGGAUGAAGCCGAAGCUCAGCUUUUGACUCUGUGGUUUUGGAGAGAUAUAAAUGCUGUCCCUCCAAAAUAUGUAUUCCAGCCUAUUACAACUCAUUUUCCUAAUUUCUCAAAUACGGAUCCGUCCCAUGCAGAAAUCCAAGCAAAGGAAGCCAGGGAGUGGAGAGAGGUUGAGAAGCGGCUAUCGAGUAUAUUACGCUCAGCUGCAGAAGUUGCACACAUUGAAGGAUUGAUUACUCAAGAGCAAAAACAUAAGUAUUAUAAAUCAGUGACAGAAUGUGAAAUUGAAGGCGGACUCUUGGCCUCUGAAGCCAAUCCCCCAGGCUCUUCUAUCUUCUUUAGAGAAGUGAACAAUAUGGAUCUUAGUAAAGUCUCAUAUCUCAUUGAUGUCGCCGAAAAUGGAAAUCCAGACACAGAAGCUCGACAGCUUCUAACUGACCUAAAGACCAGGAUAGUUCAAAAGCAUCCUGAUAAAGUAAAGAUACAUACAGUCGAAUUUAAUAAACAGAUAUGCAAAGAAACAUAUCUGCGGAAACUCUGCGACCAGGUCAUUGCUGUGGUCAAUCAUCAGAUACUUAACUCUUUAUCCAGAAAGAAUGCUGACCUACCAGAAUCAAAGAAACAUCACCCCUGGCUAGGUUGGCUGAUGCAAGAGGUCACACACCACCUGCUUCUCUCGAAAAAAAAAUCUGAAGUAUUUUGUGGACAACAGGACAUGUUGCAAAGGAUUGUAAGUUAUGUCAGAGAGAAGGACAUACGACUCCCUCUUAUUAUCUAUGGAGCUUCUGGGUCAGGAAAAACUGCACUGAUGUGUAAGGCCUUUGAUAUGGUAAAACAUUUGGUGGCAAAUAAUGAGAAUUAUAUAUUGGUGCUGAGACUUCUUGGCACAUCACCACAAAGUUCAGAGAUCCAUGAUGUUCUGAAGAGUAUUUGUUAUCAGGUAUGCUUAGCAUUGGACUUGCCGCCACCCACUCCUCAGGUCACUAACAUUUACAAUGAAACAGUAAGGUUUUUUCACCAAAUGCUCACAACAGUAUCUAAUAGAAAAACAGAGACCUUGGUGUUGUUUCUGGAUUCACUUGAUCAAAUCUCUCAAUCAGAGGGUGCCCAUCAUCUCCACUGGCUGCCGAAGGAAUGCCCAAACAAUGUACACAUUGUGUUGUCAACAUUACCCGAAGAAGGAGGCAUCUUGAAUACCCUUAGAGGAAACAUCAUAGAUGAAACAUGUUACUUGGAAGUUCAGACUCUCUUACCUGAGCAAGGAGGCCAGAUAAUUGAAAUGCUCAUGUCUUCAGUAGGACGUAUGUUGACUCAUGCACAACAAGACAUUGUGUUGGAUAGUUUCAAGAAAUGUGGACAACCAUUACUUCUUAGAUUGGCAUUUGAUGAGGCCAAGAGGUGGUCCUCUUACACACCAACCUCAGAGCUCUGUAUUGCUACCAACACAAAAGAAGCUGUACAUCAAUUAUAUGAACGUUUGGAAAAUGUUCAUGGCAAAGUGUUGAUAUCCCAUGUCCUAGGGUAUAUUGUGGCAUCUAGGAACGGCUUGUCAGAAGCUGAGCUAAAGGAUAUCCUCUCCAUCGAUAAUGAUGUCCUCUCAGACAUUUAUCAGUACUGGGCCCCUCCAAGCAAAGAUGUGAUACGAAUUCCUGCUCUUUCAUGGACCCAUAUGCGCCAUGAUCUAGAGGAGUAUUUGGUUGAGAGGCAAGCAGAUGAGAACACGGUAUUAGGCCUAUACCACAGGCAGUUCAUUGAAGUGGCACACAACAUUUACCUGAGCGGGUCAGAGAAGACUAAAAGACAUCACGUUCUAGCUGACUAUUUCAUGGGCACUUGGAGUCUGGGCACCAAAUGUCCCAUCCACCUACCAUUCAUUAAGAAGACCCUGAGUGCUGACAGAAAGGUGGCCCCACAGCCAUUGUGGUUUUCAGAAGACUUGCCGAAUCUCAGAAAAAUUAGUGAGUUGCCUUACCAUCUGCUUAAUGGAGGCCGCUUUGAUGAACUACAGCGGGAAAUUUUAGGCAAUAUGGACUGGAUAUCUAGCAAGAUAGUUUCAUGUGGAAUCAACAGUCUAAUCAAAGACUUUGAUAUGUGCGUGGAACACAUUAAAAAUGAAGAGGCCAAACUUGUCCGUGAUGCACUUCGACUCUUCCAACCUACCAUGAAUUUCAUUGAGGGGCGUAUAGAUCCUUGCAUCAUUUAUGUAGAGAUAUUGGCAAGAUUGCAUUUCUUUAAAUCAUCUUAUCCAUCCUUGAUUGGUGAUCUCUGCCAGCAAUGCUUUACCUGGUUUGAUCAGUAUCAAAACCCCACCUUCAUUCCUAUGAGCGGAUUCUUCCAGCCACCUGGUGGUCCUCUGCAAACCACCCUUACAGGAUUCAAACAAGGUAUCACCGUGAUGGAGGUAUAUCCUGACAAGGAUCUUCUUCUAGUUGGAUCUGAUGAUGGAACCAUGAUAGUUUGGAAUAUCAAGGACAUUGAGGUCAUCCAUACACUGACUGGUCAUUCAGCUGGAAUACGUUGUGUAAAGUUUUUUGGAUUGGGGACUAGAGCUGUUUCCGGUUCUCUAGACCAUACAUUGCUUCUAUGGAAUCUAAUAACUGGUAAAAAGUAUUUGUGUAUUCAAGAAGAUCAUACAAACUAUGAAAAUGCUUAUCUGCAUGUGGAUGAGAAGAUUGGGAUUAUUUACUCAGCAACUGGAUCCAAGGUCUUUGGGUGGAAUAUAGAAUCUGGAGCGCUCUUGCUAUCUCUCACACCUGGUGUUCCUGGGUUUCCACUGCAAGCUGCUGUAUUCACCCCACAAAAAAUCCUGAUGACAGUAACAGAAGGAGGAACUUUACAUUUCUGGGACAGUACAACAGGAGAAUUGAGAGGGUCACGACAGCUACCUGGAAUAGAUGAGGAAACAGCACAGCCAGUUUGUAGCUGCAUCAUUUCCAAAUAUGGAAAGAUGGUGGUUGGAUUCAGAAAUGGCUUCUUGGCACUGAUUUCGUCAGGAGGAGGUGUUUCAACUGAAAAGAUGCCCAGUGGUCUGAUCUUUGCGGUGGUGUCUGAUGAAGAGUCACUGUUUGCUGUUGGAUUUGGAAAACAAGUUCAGGUAUUCAGAGCUGAUUCUAACACUUUAAGGACAUCGUUCGAUCUAUGUCUAGAACAUGAAGACCUGGUGAAAACUGCUGUAAUUUACAGUGAGAAGAAUAUUAUAAUAACUGGAUCACAAGAUGAAACUAUACGGAUCUGGAGCCUGUCUAAGAGAGGGAUGCUGCUAGACAGCUUUUAUGGAAUGGGAAUACCAGUCACUGGCUUGGCCUUGAAAGGAAGUACAUUGGUGUCUUCUUCCAACCGUGCCUACUACCUCAAACUGUGGAAUCUGGAUUAUGAUGAAAAGCACAAGACAGUGCCUCCUUUUCAGGACUGUAGCGGUUGUGUUGCUCUGUCAAGUGCAGGGGACAGAGUUUAUUUCCCUAAAACUGGGGACAAGCACAAAAUUGUUGUCUGGGACACAGUUCAAGGUCGUAUGAUGGAUAUUCUGGAAGCCUCUUCAGGGGUAACCUGUCUAGAGAUUGCAAACAGUAAAAGAAUUUUGUUCUGCGGCUUGACAUCUGGCACUGUACUGGCAUUUCCAUUAGACCAAAGACAAGAUGUUGCUUGUAUUCCUCCUCCUGAUAAUAAUUCACCUGUACUUUGUCUAUCUCUGAGCAAACAAGAAAACCACAUAGCUGUGGCCUACCAAGAAAUGAUUCUACUAUACGAAGUAACAAAAGGAGAUCCUCAUCCGAUGCUUGAUGGCCCCAUGUAUUCAGUACAUCCAAAUAUUCCAGGGUGUGUGAGCAGAGUAGCUAUCUUUGAAGACCAAAGGAUUAUUUAUGGAAUGGUGGGAGGAGAACUUUGUCUAUUCAACCCUGGACAAGAUGACCACCACAAACUAGAGUCUCACAUAAGCAAAAUCACUUGCUUAGAAAUCAGUACAAAAGAGACAUAUGCACUUAGCGGCUGUGAAGACUCCGUUCAGCGUUUGUGGAAUAUGGAGAAGGGUGACUGGGAACAUGAGAUGUGUUAUAAGGGCUUCUUCUUCCAAGGUGUUGAAUGCGCCUGUUUCUCACCAGAUGACUGUUAUAUUUAUACUGGAUCUCAGGACAGAGCAGUCAAAGUAUGGGAUGUAACAAAUGGUUCUUUGCUUGCAGUGCAAUAUGUAUACGCAACCAUCACUCGUCUUGUCUCCACCCCUGAUGGAUUUUUGGGAACCACAAGACUGGGGUAUGUCAUUCAGGAGAAGUUUCAGUGCCCACAAACUGUAAGCCAGCAGUACAACCCAUUGCAGAACAUCAAGGCUACAUGCACGGUUAAAUCUAAGAAAGUGAAGGACACCAGUAGAAAGACUGUUCAUUCAGAGGCAAAACUGGGAAAGAAAUGGUGGAAAUGCAAAGAGCAAACUGAAAAAUCUUCACAAAUAUGCCAUAUUGUCUAACCUUCUUAGUUUAGGAGCUGUCGCUACCAUUUGGAAGGACGAAACGGAGGAUCUAGAAUCUAGAGAACAUGCACUCUAAUGAGAAGAACCUAUCAUUAGCAAUUUACAAAUCAGUGAGAUAUAAGGAAAGACAAUACCAUGUGCAAUACCACUAAUAGCCUGGCAGUGUUUUUAGAAGAGAGGAGACAUGUUUUUCAAACUUUGUAUAACCCCAGCAAUACCAAUACAACAACGUGUCACAUGCCACAUGUACUGUACACAGCACCUACCGGUAAAUACAUUUAUCACAAGGUCUGGACUGUUGUAGAUGGACUGCUCUUUUUCUGUAAUGGGAUAAUACAUAUACAGCAAUACUGUAACCACUUUGUACAAACAGAAAUAA